UUUUAGAAGAUGGAAAUGCAUCAGAAUACACUCUAUUACCUUUUUAUAGUAGCUGUGCUUCCUGCGUUUUUUAAAUGCGCUGCAGAUGCACAACCUCCAAAAUACAGCGACCUCGCUUGUGACGGAGACGGACACAUCAACCUAACAGUUACGGACUCAAUAAAAUCAGUUGUUUCAAAUUGCACAAGUGUAUCGCAAAUUUUCGUCACUGUAUUAACAGCUGACAAAACUGUAACCGUCGACAACUGCCCAUUGAACACACACGUGAAGAUUUUGAUGUUAGAACACAACGUGGAUAAUAAUCUGGAUGACCAAUUAGACUCUAGAAGAGUUGGUGAAGCUAUUGAUGUUAUGUGCAAUGGCAAAGGUCUCAAAGUGAAUACAGCGAUUAUUAA